AUGAUAAGCAGCAGGAGCCUCCUCCAGGUCUUUUCGGUCCUGAGGGGACAACGCAUCAUCAUCAUCAUCAUCUAUUUUACAUUUUUCAAAUCCUGUCCUCAAACUGAGAAGUUCUUCUUUCAUAAAGCAACAGAGAAGAAUUCAGAAAUUUCUUUUACACAGCUCAACCAAAAACAGACAGAUAAUCACCUGUCUGAAAUUGCUCAUCCUCAGAGUGAUGGGCUUGAGAGCACAAGUCAUACAGACAUAAAAUCUGACCCUCUAGGUCAUCCAAGUUCUGAGGAAGCAGUGAAAGCCAAAAUAACUUCUACGCAGCAAGAAGAGCUACCAGUUUAUUCUUCUGAUGAUUGUGAAGAUGUUUCAAGUAAGUCUCGGCAACAGACCAGUUUCCCUAUCAGGCCAGAGGGUAGACUGGGAAAAACAGAGUCAAAUUUUUCUUCUUGUGAGAUCUCCCGAGUGGAUGGUUUCCCUUCAUCAGAAGAGCUCAGAAAUCUAGGGUGGGACUUCUCUCAACAAGAAAAGCCUACUACCAGAUAUCAGCAACCUGACAGCAGCUAUGGAGCCUGUGGUGGACACAAGUAUCAGCAAAGUGCCGAACAGUAUAGUGGGACACCUAAUUACUGGCAAGGCAAUGGCUACUGGGAUCCAAGAUCAGCAGGCAGACCACCUGAAACUGGGGUUGUGUAUGAUCGAAUUCAAAGGCAGGUACCAGAUUCCUUAACAGAUGACCGUGAAGAGGAGGAGAAUUGGGAUCAACGUGGAGGAUCUCACAUUUCAAGUCAGUCCAAUAAAUUUUUUCUGUCCCUUCAGAAGGACAAGGCGUCAGUGCAAGCACCUGAAAUAAGCAGCAAUUCCAUUAAGGACUCUUUAGCUGUGAAUGAGAAGAAAGAUCUUUCGAAAAACUUAGAAAAAAAUGAUAUGAAAGAUAGAGGGCCUCUUAAAAACAGGAGACAGGAAUUGGAGAGUGAUUCUGAAAGUGAUGGUGAGCUUCAGGACGGAAAGAAAGUUAGAGUGGAGGUAGAGCGGGGAGAGACAGCAGUGCCUCUAGGCUCAGCAUUGGUUGGGCCUUCGUGUGUCAUGGAGGACUUCAGGGACCCACAGCGGUGGAAGGAACGUGCCAAACAAGGGAAGAUGCCUUGUUACUUUGAUCUGAUUGAAGAAAAUGUUUAUUUAACAGAAAGAAAGAAGAAUAAAUCCCAUCGGGAUUUUAAGCGAAUGCAAUGUCAGUGUACACCUCUUUCUAAAGAUGAAAGAGCUCAAGGUGAAAUAGCAUGUGGGGAAGAUUGUCUUAAUCGUCUCCUCAUGAUUGAAUGUUCUCCUCGGUGUCCAAAUGGGGAUUAUUGUUCCAAUAGACGGUUUCAAAGAAAACAGCAUGCAGAUGUGGAAGUCAUACUCACAGAAAAGAAAGGCUGGGGCUUGAGAGCUGCUAAAGACCUUCCUUCGAACACCUUUGUCCUGGAAUAUUGUGGAGAGGUACUUGAUCAUAAAGAGUUUAAAGCCCGGGUAAAGGAGUAUGCACGAAACAAAAACACCCACCACUAUUUCAUGGCCCUGAAGAAUGAUGAGAUAAUAGAUGCCACUCAGAAAGGAAACUGCUCCCGGUUCAUGAAUCACAGCUGUGAACCAAACUGUGAGGCUCAAAAAUGGAUUGUGAAUGGACAACUGAGAGUUGGGUUUUUUACCACCAAACUGGUUCCUUCAGGCUCAGAGCUAACAUUUGGCUAUCAGAAAGAAGUGCAGAAAUGUUUCUGUGGGUCGGCUAAUUGCCGGGGUUACCUGGGAGGAGAGAACAGAGUCAGCAUCAGAGCAGCAGGAGGGAAAAUGAAGAAAGAACGAUCUCGGAAGAAGGAUUCAGUGGAUGGAGAGCUAGAAGCUCUGAUGAAGAAUGGUGAGGGUCUCUCUGAUAAAAGCCAGGUGCUCAGCUUAUCCUGGCUAAUGGUUACAAUUGAAACUUUGGAACAGAAACUUACCUGUCUCAAGCUCAUACAGAACACACAUUCACAGUCUUGCCUGAAGUCCUUUCUGGGACAUCAUGGGCUGUCUUUGCUGUGGAUCUGGAUGGCAGAACUAGGUGAUGGCCGGGAAAGUAACCAGAAGCUUCAGGAAGAGAUUAUAAAGACUUUGGAACAUUUACCCAUUCUUACUAAAAAUAUGUUGGCCGAAAGCAAAGUACUUCCUAUUAUUCAACGUUGGUCUCAAACCAAGACUGCUGUCCCUCAGCUGAGUGAAGGAGAUGGGUAUUCUAGCGAGAAUACAUCACGUGCUCACAUACCACUCCACACACCUGAUCCUUCCACCAAGCUGAGCAUAGAAGCUGACACAGACACCCCCAAGAAGCGAAUGUUUCACAGACUUAAAAUUAUCAGUGAAAAUAGCAUGGACAGUGCGAUCUCUGAGGCUACCAGCAAGCUAGAAGGCAACAAUGGCAAAGAGAACCCUGAGCAGUUAGAAAACGUCCCUGUAGAAGAAGAGGAAGAGUUACAGUCUCAACAGCUACUCAUACAACAGCUGCCUGAAUCUAAAGUUGAUAGUGAAAUUGCUGUGGAGGCCAUUAAGCUACCCACAUCUGAACCAGAGGCUGACACUGAAAUAGAGCCUAAAGAGAGCAAUGGCACAAAACUAGACGAACCUAUUGCUGAGCAAACACCAUCCCAAGAUGAAGAGGAGGGGGUAUCUGAUAUGGAGAGUGAGAGGAGCCAGGAACAGCCAGAUAAAACAGUAGAUAUAAGUGAUUUGGCCACCAAGCUCCUGGACAGUUGGAAAGACCUAAAGGAGGUAUAUCGAAUUCCAAAGAAAAGUCAAACUGAAAAGGAGAGCACAAUAACUGAACGAGGAAGGGAUGCUCUUGGCUUCAGAGAUCAAACAGUUGCCCCAAAGACUCCUAACAGGUCAAGAAAGAGAGACCCAGACAAACAAACUCAAAAUAAAGAGAAAAGGCAACGAAGGGGCUCCCUCUCACCACCACCUUCUCCCUAUGAGCGGGGAACAAAAAGGCCAGGUGACAGAUAUGAUACACCAACUUCCAAAAAGAAAGUACGAAUUAAAGAUCGCAAUAAACUUUCUACAGAGGAGCGUCGAAAGUUGCUUGAGCAGGAGGUAGCUCAGCGGGAGGCUCAACAACGACAGCAGCAGAUGCAGAACCUGGGAAGGACGUCUCCACUGCCCUAUGACUCUCUUGGCUACAAUGCCCCUCAUCACCCCUUUGCUGGCUACCCACCAGGUUAUCCCAUGCAGGCCUAUGUGGAUCCCAGCAAUCCUAAUGCUGGAAAGGUGCUCCUCCCCACACCCAGCAUGGAUCCUGUGUGUCCUCCUGCUCCUUAUGGUCAUUCUCAGCCCUUGCUGGGACUUUCUACAGAACCCCUUGCUGCCCCUCCACCUGUGCCAGUGGUGCCACAUGUGGCAGCCCCUGUGGAAGUUCCCAGUUCGCAGUAUGUGGCCCAAAGUGAUGGUGUGGUACACCAAGACUCCAGAGUCACCGUCUUGCCAGUGCCAGCCCCAGGCCCAGUCCAGGGACAGAAUUAUGGGGUUUGGGAUUCAAACCAACAGUCCGCGAGUGUACAGCAGCAGUACUCUCCUGCACAGUCUCAAGUAACCAUAGAUUAUCAAGGACAGGCUUGUCCAACUGUCUAUGGUGUGACAUCACCCUAUUCACAGACAACUCCACCAACUGUACAGAGUUACGCCCAGCCAAGUCUUCAGGACAUCCAGGGACAACAGCUUUUCACAACUCACCCACAAGGAGUGGUGGCACAGCCAGCCACAGCCAUGACUACAAUAGUUGUACCGGGGCAGCCUCAGCCCUUACAGCCACCUGAAAUGGUUGUGACAAAUAAUCUCCUGGAUUUACCAUCCCCACCUCCUCCCAAACCAAACACCAUUGUCUUACCUCCCAACUGGAAGACAGCCCGAGACCCAGAAGGGAAGAUUUACUACUACCAUGUGAUCCCAAGGCAGAUUCAGGGGGAUCCUCCUACUUGGGAAAGCCCAGGAGAUGAUGCCAGCCUUGAGCAUGAAGCUGAGAUGGGCCUGGGAACCCCAACAUAUGAUGAAAAUCCCAUGAAGACCUCAAAAAAGCCUAAGACAGCAGAAGCACACACCUCCAGUGAGCUGGCUAAGAAAAGCAAACAAGUAUUCAGAAAAGAGAUGUCCCAGUUCAUCGUCCAGUGCCUGAACCCUUACUGGAAACCUGACUGCAAAGUGGGAAGAAUUACCACAACUGAAGAUUUCAAACACCUAGCUCGCACGCUGACUCACGGCGUUAUGAGUAAGGAGCUGAAGUACUGUAAGAACCCCGAGGACCUGGAGUGCAAUGAGAAUGUGAAACGCAAAACCAAGGAGUACAUUAAGAAGUACAUGCAGAAGUUUGGGGCUGUUUACAGACCCAAACAGGUCACUGAAUUAGAGUGACCUUCAGGGCCAGGGUGGGAGGGCGGGCAAGCUGGUAGGAGAGACUCUGGGGAGAAGAAAGCCCGUGGGCCCUCUCUCCCCACCCCACUGUCAGGGCUGUGCUACUGAUGACACAUCACCCUGGGGAAUCCAAACCUGCAGAUUUCAACUGAAAGCCACAAAAAUGAGCUCCACCUACAACAAGCAGUCCCUGGUUGUGAGCUGUUGGGAG